CUUUGCAAACUCCAGCCCUGGGGGUGGGACCGCCGCUGCACCGCGCUCCGUCCGGGUCAGGUGAGAGGCGCCCAACGUGCGCGCUCUCUGUCCCGGGCGCAUCUUCCCGCCUCGGCCCCGGCUGCCCGCGUUCGGCCCCGGCCCGUUCCCUCCCUUCCUUUCCGUAGGACUUGCCCCUCCACCGGCUUCUGCCUCUCUGGUCUUCCCGGCAGUCCCGGGCUGGGAAAACUCCUCCCUCCGCGCUGUUCAGCGCUGCGCUCCGCCCGCCGCUUCCCUGGCCCCGGGCGCUGCCCGCUGACCCCCUGCUGUCCCCGCUGCGAUCGCCGGGCUUCCGGGACUCCGCCGAGCAGUUGGCGGACUUGCUGCAGCCGGCCGAGGGCACCCACCUCAUCUCCCGCACCCUGGGACCGGUCCAGCGGACGCUCCUCCAAGCGGAGGCUUGGAGGGCAAGGCCGGCACCAUUACCUCCAACGAGUGGAGUUCUCCCAACUCCCCCGAGGGGAGCAGCAUCUCUGGGGGCAGCCAGGCACUGGAGAAGCCCAUCGACAAUGAUGCAGAGGGCGUGUGGAGCCCCGACAUUGAGCAGAGCUUCCAGGAGGCCUUGGCCAUCUACCCACCCUGUGGCCGGCGGAAAAUCAUCCUAUCAGAUGAAGGCAAGAUGUACGGUCGCAAUGAGCUAAUUGCACGCUACAUCAAGCUCCGGACAGGGAAGACCCGCACUAGGAAGCAGGUCUCCAGUCACAUCCAGGUGCUUGCCCGGCGCAAAGCCCGAGAGAUCCAGGCCAAACUCAAGGACCAGGCAGCUAAGGACAAGGCCCUGCAGAGCAUGGCUGCCAUGUCGUCCGCCCAGAUCGUCUCAGCCACAGCCUUCCACAGUAAAAUGGCCCUUGCCCGGGGCCCUGGCUACCCAGCAAUCUCAGGGUUCUGGCAAGGAGCUUUGCCAGGCCAGGCUGGAACAUCCCAGGAUGUGAAACCUUUCUCUCAACACAACUACACUGUUCAGCCUCCAUUGCCUCUGCCAGGUUUUGAGUCUCCUGCAGGACCCACCCCAUCGCCCGCUGCACCCCCAGCACCUCCAUGGCAGGGCCGCAGCGUGGCCAGCUCCAAGCUCUGGAUGUUGGAGUUUUCUGCUUUCCUGGAGCGCCAGCUAGACCCAGACACGUACAACAAGCACCUGUUUGUGCACAUUGGCCAGUCAAGCCCAAGCUACAGCGACCCCUACCUCGAAGCCGUGGACAUCCGCCAGAUCUAUGACAAAUUCCCAGAGAAGAAGGGUGGCCUCAAGGAACUAUUUGAACGGGGACCCUCCAAUGCCUUCUUCCUCGUGAAGUUCUGGGCAGACCUCAACACCAACAUCGAGGAUGAGGGCAGCUCCUUCUAUGGAGUCUCCAGCCAGUAUGAGAGCCCAGAGAACAUGAUCAUCACCUGCUCCACCAAGGUCUGCUCCUUCGGCAAGCAAGUGGUGGAGAAAGUUGAGACAGAAUAUGCCCAUUAUGAGAAUGGCCACUAUUCGUACCGCAUCCACCGGUCCCCACUCUGCGAGUACAUGAUCAACUUCAUCCACAAACUAAAGCAUCUGCCCGAGAGGUACAUGAUGAACAGCGUGCUGGAGAACUUCACCAUCCUGCAGGUGGUCACCAACCGAGACACGCAGGAGACCUUGCUGUGCAUCGCAUAUGUCUUUGAAGUAUCAGCCAGUGAACACGGGGCUCAGCACCACAUCUACCGGCUCGUGAAAGAAUGAGAGACCUGGGGAGCAAAGGGGGGAGACAAGUCCAGGAAAUGGGGACCUGGGAGGGAACCUUCAGGGACAGCCCCCAGAAGUGCCAAGAGAGCUGAGCCAAGUUUUUGCAUUCUUCUUACCAGGAGCAAACUGCCUGAUCUUGCAAUGCCCGACCCCUAAUAAACCCAAGGUGUCAUGUAUUUUCAGAGGAGCUGGUCUGGCUGUAUGAGCAGGGAAGGGCUGGGGAGAAAGGGACACCUGGGAGGCAGGCUAGAAGCAAUGCCUUGAGGUGCCCCAGGCAGUCUAGAAGCCAGAGCCCCAGUGGACUCAGCCAGGAGCAUCACUGGACACUGAAGUUCAAGACCUGAUGGUCCCCUCUCUCAGCUGCUGGAACCCUGUACCCUGCUGCUGGUCACACUGGUGGCCUGAGGACAGAUGACAUAUGGGCCAUAUACCUAGGGCUGCUGUGCACAAGUUGUGCACUGUCCUGUCAGCUCUGCCACCACUGCCCCAGGACAACUACAUUAGAAAGCUCUACCCACCAGGGCUGGUCUUAGGUGUGGACACAACUGGUUGGUUGGACAGAGACAGGGUAAGAACUAUUCGGGUACCAUUGCUUCAUCUGUAGUAGUUUCUCUGUGACACUAAAGGGGGCAGGGGCUCUGCAUUGAGGCAGUGCAGGCAGGCCAUCAAUGGAUGGGAAUCCUGCCAUCAGUUCCAGCAUUUCCCACUGCCUGACCUUGGCAGGCUCCUCCACCCCUCUGAGCAUUAGUCCCCUUUCCUGUCUGCACAGGACCUGCCUUCUAAGACCUCUUGGAAGAGCAUGUCUGUAAAGUACUUGGUGCAUGCUACAGCUGUUAAGUGGUGUGAUCCUUGGGCCCCAUGCUCCCCUCCCUUUGGAGUGCCUGAGUCUGGCUCUCUGCUGUCCCUGGCAGAAGCCAGUUCCAGUAGCCUGGAGCGGCAGAGGAAGAAAGAGCCAAGCUAGGCAUGUUUGUGUGAGCCCAGCACUCAGGGACGUAUUCUGUGGGAAUACAGAAAUGGGCAGGACAGCAUGGAGGGGAUGAUGCGGGGUGGAGGUGAGAAACAAGGGUUCUAGAGUCAGACCAGCUUGGCUUAAUAUGCUACCUUGGGCGAGUUAAUGUCACUGUGCCUCAGUUUCCCCAUCUGUAAAAUGGGUAUAACAUUCACCUACCUCGUGUAUGGACUGCACUUCACAUAGUGCUACUAAGCACAUCCAUGCGUUCAAUAAAUAUGCAUCGGUACUAACCGUGGCAACUUCCACUUCAACUGAGGAAGGCACUAGACUUGGAAACUGUGUGGUGGGGCAGGCUGGUCCCCAGAGCUACUGGCCAUCACAGAUGGGAGGGAUCGGGGUGGAGGACUCAGGGAACAGGUAGCUUUGGGGGAGCUGGCCCUGAGUAGAUGGGCAAUAUUUAUUGAUAUUAUUUCUGUAUUUAUUUCCUGGUGCUGGGGGUGGAUCCCAGGGGUUGGCCCAGUCAGGGUGAGUGCCCUGCCAUUGAGCGACAGCCCCAGAAGAACUCAGAUAAGCAGAUGGGAGGAAUCUGGCUGUGUCCCAGCUGUGGAAGACAAGCCACCAGUCCCUAUCUGUAUGUUGUUCAGUAUCUUCUCUCCUUAUCCAAAAGUAAUUUAACUAGUCCCCCCACCCCAAUGUCAAGAUGAAGGCUGAACCUCAGGCCUGCUGCGACACUGCGCUGUGUGCUCGCCUGUCCACAUGGAGAUCUGUGUUUGCAGCCCCUCUCCCCCAACCCCAGCCCUGACCUUCUCUUCCUCUGCUUCUUGUACUUCCUGGGGGCAGGACCCAGGAUGUUUUGCCCCCUUCCCAGGAAGCCACAGCUUUAGACACAUCAGACAGGCUCCCGGAGGAUGAUAUGUGGGUGACCUCUUGGUCAUGGGGACGUGAGGGACAGAACCUUUUCCUGUUAGUGCAGGAAGCAGGUCGAUCUAGAUGUUGGGUACCCGAGUUGGGCAUAAGUGUCUCCUAUGUGAGCUGACCUCAGUGGCCUGAUGGAGAGUCACCAUAGACGGUGGUGGCCUUAGCUGCCUCCCGCUGUGUAAACAUGGCACCUGGCUAUCUCAUCAGUCUUGUGGAUGGGUACUGUGCCGGCUCCAUUUUUUUUUUUAAGAUGGGGUCCCCCUCUCUUGCCUAGGCUGAUCUCACUGGCAAUCCUAUAGAUGCCCACCACUGUGCCCUGCAGCCCUAUUCUAAGGAUGAAGAAAGUAAUACCUAGAGAGCUUAGCAAAGUUGUUUGGAUUGUUGAUGCUUUUUUUCAUUUGCUUUGUGAGUAGUUGUUUAACUUCUGAGGUAUGGCAGGUUCUGGGAAUGUGCCUGUGAGCAAGACAGCCUGGGUCCCUGAGGAGGGAAAUGGACAGGUGAAGAGAUGUGCGGGCUGUGGGGAGUGCUGUGGGGGAGGAACCCAGCAAGAUUUUCAUGGCUCUUGGGGAGGUUGAGGCCCAGCAUUGGUACUGAGUCCUGGAAGACAAGGGAAGGCAGUCAAGAGGAUCAAAGGAACAGCAUUGCAAGGGAGGAUGGAGGGCCUGGGGACAGGAAGGGGCUGGUGGUAUCUCUUCAGGGUUGAAGAGGAGAUCCCCAAUGAGCCUGUGAUGCCUGGCCGAGGGGUGAGUGGCAGGAGCUGGACGUGUGUCCAGCCAGCAUGCCAGGUUGAAAACAGCAGGCUACUCAGUCCUGUGUCCCUUGCCCUCCCUGUCUAGAUGAGGGUUUUGGAAUUCUCAGGGUGGUAGUGAGAGGUGUUAAGCAAUUGCUUUAAUGCAAUUUUCAAAAAACAGCCCUGGGGCCACUGGUUUCCACAGAGAGGCAGGUGUAAUUGUGUGCUCCUGUGUGAGGCCAGCCUGCUCCCCAGGGAGGCUGUGGGUGGAAACUGUUGCUUUCCUCCACCUGGUCUUGGCAGCCAUUUGAGAGAGAGAAAGUGAAUCAGGCAGGGCCACCCAUGGCCCUGGGCCUGGAGGGUGAGAAAGGGUCCCUAAGCUUUGUGAGAGAGAGCCUUUGGGGUAUGAUCUAGUUAACAUAGAAACAUCAGAAGUGGAGAUAGGGGCCACAAGGGUGAAAGGUCAUCUGCCUCAAAGGCCUGACAGUGACAGAGCAGAUUGUACCUACAGAAUGUCAUAGGAAUGGAAAGAAUGCGUCCUAACAAGAAAAACCCCACACAGAAGGGGUGUGGUAUGUAGUGGGUGUGUGUAGGGUGUGUGUGUGUGUGUGUAGUGUGUAAAUGUGGAGGGUGGUGGCAUGGGAGGGUGUGGGUAUAUGUGUCGUUUUUUUUUGCGGGGGGCGGUCAGUGUGUACGUUUCUGCGUGUGUCUGUGCUGUGUUUGUGUACAAGUGGUUCUGUCCUAGGUUUGUAUAACAGGUAAAGGGGUGCGUGGUGUGACCUAUGACUAUCCCGUGUUCCUGGUGCACACACCCUCCCAGGCUGUGGGUUGGGUGCAGUAGGGCAGAGGUGGAAACUAGAGGCAAGCAGUGGCAGGAGGGAGCUCCUGAGACCUGGGGUGAGGGACUGGGUUGGGGGUUGACACCUUCUGUUAUUUGCUACAUUAGCUCUAAGAAAGAAAAUGUUUUCAGUAGGAGGCCAGUGGCUCAGUUAAAACCCUCCUUACAGAUCAGAAUGAAAUGAGCUUUUCCUCCAAAGACUUGACUCUAUGUAGAUGUUUCUGAUAUCCCCAGCCAGGAGCUGGGUCGCACACCUGUAAUCCUAGCACUCGGGAGACUGGGGCGGAGGACCCAGGCCAGUGUGAGAUUCUGUCUCUAAAAGAAUGUUUUAAAGUGUCUGGAAUUUGGCCUUUGUAUAUAUAGUUCCUGAGUAAGAAGGGGCCCAGGUAGGCAAGUGCCUUGGUAGCGAACUGGAGCCCAGGUGGUGGAAAUGACUAUGUUUUGUUUUUGUUUUUUUUAAACAUUCACAUAUGUCUGAUAUUCAACUUUAAGGUUUUUGUAAUUUUUCUAUGUAAAUCCCCUUCAUCUCUCCAAAUUUUCAGUAAAGUCUGCUACAAACACA